AUGGAGCUGGCGAUACCAAAUGACGUACUAGUCUUGAUAGGAGAGCAGGUGGAACACAAAGCAGAUCGCUGGAACCUCAUCUUUGUCUCUCAUCACUUCCACGACCUUUUCCUCCCGCUGGUAUAUCGGAAGGUGUUUAUCCACAAUUGGCAAGAUGCUAGUUCGUUCCUGCAUGCCAUACUAAAACGACCUGCGCUGGCGCGGGCCGUUCGGGAGCUAGACCUAACACACUGGCAUGCAAAAAGUGUAUCGGAUGACGACUGCAACCGAAUUCAGACAUCGCCAGCUUUGAGGGCAUGGCUCGAUGAUGUAUCAUGUUCAACGGUCGAAAGUGAUCAGUGGGCCCAAGGUCUCGGGCAAGGCCUCGCCGACGCCUGGGUUGCGCUAAUUCUCCCACUGUUAAGCCAGCUCAGAAAGCUUACACUGGCAUACACGACCAACUCUCCCCAUUUGGACCGGAUUAUGCAAAGAGCUGUGGAUUGCGAAACGCCUUUUUCAGUUCAACCAGCCUUCCGCCACCUACGCAAGGUCUCACUGCAUCAUCGAGAAGAUCUCAACUACAGCCAGCAGCUAGGCAAUACGGAGGGUGAAACUCAACUCUCAUCGACACUCCUCCUGCCAUUUUUCCACCUACCUUCUGUUCGUGCUAUCACAGCCAACUCUGUAGUGGACCCUGGUUCCACUAUCUCAUCAUCAAAGGAGCCGAUGGAUGACGAGAAGCCACGCCUUGGUUUCUCUUCAAUCACCGAUAUCGAUUUGCGGGCAAGUAGCGGGAACUAUGGCAUGGAGACAUUAGUUAGUUCAUGCGCAGAUCUCAAGUCAUUCAAAUACCAGCACUCGGACUCGCAUGUCCUUUCGAAUGGCUACCAACCAUCCGCUUUCUAUUGCUCUCUGACCCACAGCAAAAAGAGUCUGCAAACAUUGUGGCUGGACCACUAUGGCAGCCACCACCCGUUCACAGCUGCCGGGUUGAAUCAAAACCACGACGAGUGGUUCGGCUCGCUUGCUGAUUUCACUGCCUUGCAAGAGGUGCGCGUGAGACUGCCUAACCUUCUGGAUAUUCGAUACCAGAACGAACCAACCACGCCACUCAUUGAAUGUCUCCCGUCGUCGCUUGAGACCCUUUAUAUUGAAGGAUGUGAGGAGCGGUAUCUGGGGAUGUUGGUUUCACAGUUACAGACCGUGAUCAAAAAUCGCCAGACUCGUUUCCCUAAACUCAAGCGUGUCGAUAUUGAGGGUGCAUUCCGCAAUGUCCCGUCGGAUGACGAUUAUGAGGUUGCCAACUCCGGACCACAAGUACUUGGAGCUGGCAUCAGGGACAAAGUAUAUCAGGCUGCUGAGCCUUUGCAUAUAGACUGUGUCAAUGCUGGCCUAGAGCUGCAUCUUUAUGACCGUGCUCUGUCACAUAUUUGA